AUGCUUAUCGCAAAAGCCUUUUCCGCAGCACUUGCUGUGGCUUCGGUCGCCAUUGCUCUACCAAGCAAGGAGGCCAGAGUUACAUCUGCGAGCCUUCCGACGGAUCAUCAUGCGGUCCACUUUCACAAGAAAUCGCUCGGAGAUUCAGGCAAGAUUGAGAUUCAGUCCGGAGAGGACUGGGAGAAGUUCAAGAAAGAUCACCCCAGCAUUCCAAAAGUGUUUUUCGACUUGACCGAAGCCAUCUUUUGUCUAAGAAAGAAGACCGACGACAAAGCCCCACAAUGGAUUGAUGGUUAUUGUGUUGAUGCACCCAAAAUGACGCUUGCCAAUGCGGAGGCUCUCCUGUUUCAAUUUGUGGACCUCGCCGACAAUGACGACGCUUUCGCUGAAGCUGGAAAGGCCAUAUUUGAGCUUGAUGCCAUGGAGCUUUCUGCCCUCAAAAGCAAAUCCGACUGGAAAAACAAGGGCCCCGCACUGGCGAAGAGGAUCUCGGAGAGAAAACUCAAGCUGCUAGAGAAGGAGAGAAAGUACAUGGAACAGAAGAUGCCUCACCUCGCACAAAUGAAGGACCCAAAAUACCAUUCGCUUCAGGAGAAACUGAGUGAUAUCAAAGAAAACAUUAAGGAACGCGCGGAAAUCAUCGGGGAGCCUGAGAAGAACCUCGCCUUUGAUGAACAGAACCUGCCCUACGAGGCUUUGGCGGAGUUGGCUGCGGCAAGUUUUGUCAGCGAUGCUCCCCCGACAGAACAUGACGGCAAGGGUCCUAAGAUUACCAUCAACGGCGAGCCAAAUAAAGUGGGAAAGAUUUUCAACUUUCUCGGAGGGCUUUUCUCUGGUGAUCCGGCCAAAGUCAUCGUGGCGAUUUGCGAGAUUGUGCAACAGUCGGGCUCUCCCUGCGAUCCAAACAGAAAAUCUGCACCCAAGGACGAGGUUUAA